UUACUGUGUCUGGGAGUGUGUAUUCACAUGUGUGAGAGCCAUGACACAAACUAUGUAACAGCCAAACUUGAAGUAACUACAGGACAGACAAACAAAUACAUCCUCACUUCUGCCUCUGACUACUAAGAGUGAAGCUGCUCACUUUAGCUCAAUAUUUUAGCCACACAAUGUUUUCCAAUGUCUCUCUGCCCAAUCAGAUGCUCAAGUUUUCAAAGGAGAACCAGACAACUAUGAUGGGCAUCAAUGCCAUAACGGAAUAUGUCACCAUUAUCUUAUAUGCACUGACCGUUGUGCUCGGCAUCACAGGGAACUCUAUAGUGAUCUGGGUGGCUGGAUUCAAACUUAAGCUGAGUGUCACCAACGUGUGGCUGGUGAAUCUGGCGAUAGCAGACCUGAUCUUCUGCUUCACACGAGUCUCCUCCCUCAUUCAGAUGCUCUUCUUCGACCACUGGCCUUUUGGCCUCUUUCUCUGCAAGUUCAACGGCUUCUUCAAAUACACCAACAUGUUCUGCUCUGUCUUCCUGCUGGCUGUGAUUAGUCUGGAUCGAGUGCUCUGCAUCUGGCAGCCCGUCCUCACAAAGCGUCGUCGCACCCUGUGGGCAGCGAGGGUGGUGGCAGUCUGCAUCUGGAUCCCAGCGAUCCUCUUCAGCAUUCCCUACUUCAUUCAUCGCCAAAUGUACAUGGACAACAACAACCUGACUAAAUGUUCUGUGGACCCGAAAGAGAAGGCAGAGGGCUACAACAGCACCAAAGUAGCUCUCUACUCCAUCCGCUUCCUGUGUGGCUUCAUGUUUCCCUUCACAAUCAUUCUGAUCUGCUACACCUUGGCUGGGGUGGGAAUCCGACGCACCCGCCUCUCAGGAAAGUCCCGCCCUCUGCGUAUACUAGCCUGUUUGGUGAUUGCCUUUUUCCUGUGCUGGGCACCUUACCACUGCCUCUUACUGGUGAAGAUGGUGGACAAUGAAAAUGCAGUAGUGAAAAUCUGGUACCCUGUAGCAAAAGGUGUUGCUUACUUUAACAGCUGUGUGAACCCGCUAUUGUACUUCUGCUUAGGUCUAAAAGCGAGAGAGGGUUUCAGGCAGAGUGUAAUGAGAGUUUAUAAAAGAGCUCUGACAGAUGAAAUGGAUGGUCAGAUGACUCAGUCCACUGAUCGCUCUUUGGAUUAAAGCUCUGGUUUGAAACACGACACUGUUUUAGUGGCAGGAAUAAGUGGGUGUAGCUAAAGUUUAAGUUUUCCCCCAAUGAUCCUAAAGCUAAGAAAAAUGCAUAUCUUUAU